AUGGCCCGUGUUGGACGACCAUCGCUUUUCCUGAUCCACACAGGAUUCCUGUUGGCUAUUGUUUUACUACCAGAGUUUCUGGGGGCCGUUCCAGUGGAGCAGCGCAGGCAGGAGGAAGUGCCUGCAGUGUCUGAUGAUGAUAACAUGGAGAACCUGAAUAUGCUGGUUCGCAACAGAAGGAACGUCCCCGUCUUAGCUGUGCCCCAGUUCAAACGCCUGCCGGACUUCUGGGGAUGGUACAAGUACUUCAUGCAAAGCCAGAACCAGGAGGGAGUUGAGGAUCUGGAUCGUCUGUACAUGGCCUACCUGCAGAACAAGCACAGAUCAGAGGAGGCCCCAACUUUCAACCACUACCUCAAGCACCUUAGCGCAAUCUACAAGUCGUGCGCCGAUUCUGAUGAUCCAGAGUGCAUCUCCGAGUCCACCAGCAAGCCAAAGGCUGCGUUGGUGAUGCCCGCCCCCAUCAAGUCUGCUGCCAUCAAGAUGUGCAACCCUUACCUCGACCCCUACUGCCUCUACCCCCUUCUCCCCAAUGCUGCUGCCCCGCAGCCUGAGCUAGCUCCAGCCAAGGUGCCAGCCCCCAUCUUCACCCCCAUGCUGCCCAUGCCCAUGAAGACCCCCACUGGCUUCUACCACUACGCCCCCGUCCUGGAGCCUUUUCUGAGUGCAGAUCAGAGGUCUGAGCUGCUGAGGAUCUGCAACCCCGAAGAUGUGGAGUGUCUGCAGUAUCAUCUGAGGGCAGCUUAUGGCUACCGCCCAGCCACUGGCCCAGCCCCAUCCUAUGCUGCCCUUAAAUGUGACCCAAGGGACCCCUACUGCAUGCCCCCCCUGGUCCACAAAGCCCCCACUGGCUUCUACCACCUACUCUACCCCAGCUGUGACCCAGCGGUCGAUCCCUUGUGUGUGACCAACGUCGCUGCCCCCCUUGCUGCAGAGGAGGCCCCUAAAGAGCAACAAUGCAACCCACUCUUUGACGGAGGCUGCAACCCCCUGACCGCAACCAAGCCCGUGCUCGAGUACGCACCCCAUGACGAGCCCGCACAUCCUGCUGCUCCUCUGGCCUGCGACCCUCGCACUAACCCGUUCUGCAUACUGGCAGCUGCCGCUGCCCUGCGCAACCCUGCUCCGCAGAUGCCCGAGCACCAGGUCCGCUACAAGCUGGGCGUCCGCGGCAAGACCAUGGAGGGCUACGACUGCUAUGUGCACUAUGACAAAGACUGCACCCCGGUGAAGUCUGGCUACGAGGCCAAGGCUCCAGCCAAGCCCUUCUGCCAUCCGUUCGACCCCAACUGCGGCAAGUUUACUGCACCCUCCGGCGUUAGGGCCCCGAAGCCAGCCAAGGAUGGCAUAAUCCUGCCCGACCCCGACUGCGACCCCGAGCUCGACUACCACUGCCGCCUACGACGCGCCGAGCCCGCCGCUGUUAAUGAUGAGCCCGCCGCCGCUGAGGAGGAAGCUGCUGACGAGCCUGCCAAGGAGGCCGCCGUCCCACGGUUUGAUGACUUCCUCAGGGGCGUCAUGAGCCAGUACAAGUAG